AGCUCAGGGAUAGAAGGUCUCCCUGAGGACCAUAGAGAUCCUGCUGAGACAUACCGACGCCGACCUCGCAGGUGUGCUGGGACUCCCUGCCCUUUGCCUGGCUUGCUGCGCCCCCUGGCGGCCAAGCUCUGGUUGUUUUCAGUCAGUCAGCCAGAUUUUCUUCUGGAGAACUCCCUCCUGAGGUAAACUAGUGUUUCGGGAAAAUCUAACGAAAUCCUUGAACUACAUCAUGAUUCCUUUUCAGUUGCAGAGUUAUAUAGCAUUUUUUGCUCUGUGGGCCUUCAAAACCAAUUGUCUGGAUACCUUCAUUGCAGCUGUAUAUGAGCAUGCAGUGAUUCUGCCCCCUGAUAACAUAAAGCUUGAUAGCCGAGAAGAAGCCUUAGCUUUAAUGAAUGAAAACAUGGAUAUUUUGGAAGAAGCAGUUAUAUCAGCAGCAAAGCAGGGUGCACAUAUCAUUGUGACUCCAGAACAUGGUAUUUAUGGAUUCAUCUUUAAUAGAGUAAACCUUUAUCCCUAUCUGGAGGAUAUUCCACACCCAAAAGUGAAUUGGACCCCAUGUACAGAUGAUUCCAGAUUUGGCUCCACACCAGUGCAAAAAAGACUCAGCUGUAUGGCCAGGAACAACUCCAUCUACAUGGUGGCAAAUAUUGGGGAUAGAAAGUCAUGUGAUCCAACUGAGUCCAAGUGUCCUUCUAAUGGCUACUACCAGUACAACACUAAUGUGGUAUAUGAUUCAGAGGGGAAAUUGGUGGCCCGUUACUAUAAGAAAUAUAUGUUAAUGAAUGAAGCCCAAUUUGAUACCCCAACGGAGCCCCAGUUGGUGACAUUUGACACAACUUUUGGAAAGUUUGGCAUUUUAACAGGCUUUGACAUACUAUUUCAUGACCCUGUGGUACCUUUGGUGGAAAAAUUGAAAGUGGAUACAAUCUUGUUACCAGUAGCUUGGAUGAAUACUUUGCCACAUUUAUAUCCUACUGCAUUCCAUGCAGCUUGGGCUAUGGGAAUGAGAGUCAAUUUGCUUGUAGCCAAUAUCCACAGCAUUAGCAAUCAAAUGACAGGAAGUGGUAUCUAUGCACCAGAUUCUGUCAAGGCGUAUUAUUUUGAUAAGAAAUCAGAUGAUGGGAAGCUUCUUGUUUCAGAACUAGAGUCACAUCCCAUAGUCCGACCACCAGUGAAUUGGACCUUAUAUGCUAGCAGUAUAAAACCUUUCUCUUCUGAACAAGAGGAAUUUAAAGCCUUAGUACUUUUUGAUAUGUUCACCUUUAAAGAACUCAUUAAUGAUACAGGAAACUAUACUGUUUGUCAGAACACACUGUGUUGUCACUUGAGCUACAAAAUGUCUGAGAAGAGAACAGAUGAAGUCUAUGUUGUGGGGGCUUUUGAUGGACUUCACAUUGCUGAAGGGGAAUAUUACUUACAGAUUUGUACUCUGUUGAAAUGCUUAACAACUCUAAUAGAAACUUGUGGGCAGCCGGUUGAGAAUGCCUCUACUUGGUUUGACAUGUUUUCUCUCAGUGGCACAUUUGAUUCUCCUCAUGUCUUCCCGGAGUUGUUGCUGAGUGGUCUUCAAAUUGCACCUACAGAAUUUGAGAUUUUAAGCGAUGGACGCAUAAUAAACCAGAAUGGAACUUCUGCACCUGUGUUAAUGUUGACUCUAUUUGGGAGGCAGUAUGAGAAGACUAAACCACCCAAUGCUUCAGUGGAUCUAGAAACUACAUCAGUGAUGAUGAUAACUAUGUUUUUUGUUCUGUAUUCAACAAUUUGGUAGGAACUGCACAAUAUUGUAUUGCCUACCACUCAUUGUUUGCUGACAGAAAGAACAUAUAUGUCUGGACAGUUUUCCUACUCUGGAAAAUUCUUAGGUGAAUGCCUUGAUUAGUAUAAAUUCCACAUUUCUCUGUAGUGUUGAAAAGCUAUUGAACCACAAUGGCAUAUAUUAGCCUACCAGAUGACACUCUUAAUUGGAAAGUGCCAUGGGAGAAUCUACCACAUGCUUAUCAAAGCGGGACCAUUGAUGCUACUUGCUAAACUACAUCCCUACCAUUACCAUAUCCAUCUUGUCAUUGGCAAUGGGAAGAAUACUGACUCUAAGUUCAAAUUCUACUCUUGACAUUUACUGUCUAAGGGACCUUAUUAUAAGUCACAUCUCCCUGGGGCCUCAGCUGCCACAUCUGUAAAGUGAAAGAGCUGUACUCUCAUAUGUAUCUAAUAUUUUAAAUAGAAUGUCCUGGGACAAAAAUUCUCUCAUGCCACCCUCCUAAUAACCCUGUGAGAUAAGCAACUUGAGUACUAUUAUACUUCAGAUAUGGCAACUGUUGCUCAGGGACAUGAGUCAUAGAAUCCUAAAGUGAAAAAUGGUUAUCUGGUUCAACUAUUACCUUAAACAUGGAUCCUGCCUUUAUAGCAUCCCUUACAAGGUUGUUGAUCAAAGAAAACUUAAUAAACGUUAUUGAUAUGAUA